GAUAUUGUACCUUCCGGAACAGGAGGUAAACUCUUCCGAUUCACAGGGAGCAUCAAGAUGUCUCCGACUCUGCUGAACUUUGUUGAAGCUAAGGAUAAAUUUACGGCUGCAAUUACAAGUGCAUUGGACAUUAAAAACAGCAAACCAUUAAUACAUGCGUUCAGUCAUCUUCCUGGAAAUGAAGCAGAGAAGAAAAGCACACUCGACCAAGCCUUACGAGGAUUCCUUGAGAUGGAGAUUGUGAAGCAGGCCAACUCUGAUGUUUCCCUUGCUCUUAUUUACAUCAGUAUUGAUGGGGUCACUGAAGGAGUCUGCUCGGCAACCACACCUUUCCUGUUGUUAGGCGAUGUGCUUGACUGUCUCCCGCUCGACCAAUGUGACAAAAUAUUUUCUUUCGUGGAGAAAAAUGUCUCCACAUGGAAGUCGAAUUCUUUUUACUCUGCUGGGAAGAACUACUUGCUAAGAAUGUGUAACGAUCUUCUGCGAAGGCUGUCCAAGUCUCAGAACACGGUCUUCUGUGGUCGAAUCCAGCUCUUCCUAGCAAGACUAUUUCCUCUUUCUGAGAAAUCAGGUCUGAACCUGCAGAGUCAAUUUAAUCUUGAAAACAUCACUGUUUUUAAUAAGAAUGAACAGGAGAGCACACUUGGCCAACGACACUCGGAGGAAAAGGAGGAUGGCAUGGACGUUGAGGAGGGCGAGAUGGGUGAUGAGGAUGAGCCAGCGCCAUGUUCCAUUCCCAUUGAUUACAACCUCUACAGAAAAUUCUGGACUAUCCAGGACUACUUCCGAAACCCUGUCCAGUGCUACGACAAGUUCUCAUGGAUGACGUUCCUCAAGUAUUCUGACGAGACACUAGCAGUGUUCAAAAGCUAUAAACUGGACGACACUCAGGCAUCAAAGCGCAAGCUGAAUGAGUUGAGGACACCUGGGGGCGAGCAUGUCUACUUUGCCAAAUUCCUCACCAGCGAGAAGCUGAUGGAUCUUCAGCUCAGCGACUGCAACUUCAGGCGGCAUAUCCUCCUGCAGUACCUCAUCCUGUUUCAGUACCUCAAGGGCCAGGUCAAAUUCAAAAGCUCCAGCUGUGUUUUGAAUGACGAUCAGUGUUCAUGGAUGGAGGAGACCACUAAACUUGUCUAUCAGUUGCUCAGAGAAACUCCUCCUGAUGGAGGGAAGUUCGCUGCUAUGGUUGAGCACAUUCUGAAUAAGGAAGAGAACUGGAAUGGAUGGAAAAAUGAGGGAUGUCCCAGCUUUGUGAAAGAAAGACCGGCAGAGACCAAACCCACACGCCCCACUAGAAAGAGACCAGCUCCAAAGGACUUUCUGGGCAAGGGCCCUGACCGAAAGGUCUUUAUGGGAAAUGAUGAACUUACACGAUUAUGGAACCUCAGUCAUGACAACAUGGACGCAUGCAAGUCAGAUAAUCGAGAGUUCAUGCCAUCCCUGGAAGAAUUUUUCGAAGAGGCCAUUGAACAAGCAGAACCGUCCAACAUGGUGGAAGAGGAAUACAAAGUUGUGCGAAACUCAAAUUACGGCUGGCGUGCUCUGCGGCUGCUGUCCAGAAGGAGUCCACACUUUUUCCAACCGACCAACCAACAGUUCAAGAAUCUGGCAGACUAUUUAGAGAACAUGGUCAUCAAAUUGGCCAAAGAGCUUCCGAAGGACCUCCCGUCUGAGGAAAUCAAGACCGGCGAGGAAGACGAUGAGGAUAAUGGCGACAACCUUCUCAAAGAAAGCAAUGACAGCCCAGACUUGCAGAAUAAGAUGGUGUCCAAUGAGCAGAUGGAUGAGGUGGCCGCAAAGCUGGGGGGCCAGUGGAAGACCCUGGCAGAGCACCUGGAAGUGAAGGCGGUGGAUUUGCGCGAGAUUGAGGCAGACAACGAAGAUGCGGAGAUGCAGGCCAAGAUGCUCUUGGUGGCGUGGCAGGACCGUGUGGGUGGCCAGGCCACCGUGGAGAACCUCGUCACAGCGCUCAACACUGCUGGCUUCUCCAAAAUCGCAGAGAUUCUCAAUGAAACAUAGCAUAGCUGCCCAUCCACCCCCCCUUUUUUAUUUUAUUGAAUUACCUCCAUUUAAAUAGCUUUGUCUUUAUGGAUUAUGCUGUGUCAAGGCAUUUAAUUGUUUCAUGAAAUGUUUUGUAAAAUGUCAACUUUAGAUGUUUCUUUUUUUGAAAUAAAUGUUCACAUGAAAACGG